CUGUACAAAGAAAUAGAAAUCUGUCAGAAAAUUACACAGCACAUUGAAAUAGAGAAGUCUGAUGCAUCCUCUGAUAUUUAUGGUUUCUCUCUAUCCUCCGUGGAAGAAGAAGGAAUUCGUCGGCUGUAUGUGGAUGGUGUCAAAGAGACAGGCCUAGCUUUCAAGAAAGGCCUGAAAGCUGGCGAUGAAAUUGUGGAGAUUAAUAAGAAAGGUGCUGAGGAUCUGGACUCAGCUUCGCUGAAAGAUGCCCUUGUUCAGCCUUCGCUGUGUCUCACUGUGCGCACCUAUCCUGAGAUAGAGGAAGGGCAGAAACUAACGCAGCCACCACCGCGUCGCUUGGAAAACCCAUCUGACUUGAGUGACAGUGCACCAGCAUUUGCUGGGAGCAACCAAGCAGGGCACUCACUUUGCGGCAACCAGGACAGCUCUGUUGAGACAGCUCCAGAGGAGGCAGAAGCGCAAGACUUGGAGUCAUCUGAUGAAGCCGAUAAGAUGAGCAAGAGUACAGAGCAGGUCGCUGCUUUCUGUCGCAGUCUGCAUGAAAUGAACCCUUCUGAUUCAAGUGCUCAUCCUCAGGAAUUUACAGGACCCCAGCAGGCUACCAUGAGACAACUCACAGAUGCAGAUAAGCUGCGAAAGGUUAUCUGUGAACUUCUCGAGACAGAACGCACCUACGUCAAAGACUUAAAUUGUCUAAUGGAGAGAUACCUGAAGCCUCUACAAAAAGAAACGUUCCUCACACCAGAUGAGCUGGAUGUUCUCUUUGGGAAUCUGACUGAAAUGGUAGCAUUCCAAGUAGAGUUCUUGAAAACUCUUGAAGAUGGAGUAAGGCUGGUUCCAGACCUGGAAAAGCUUGAAAAAGUUGAGCAAUUUAAGAAAGUGUUGUUUUCCUUGGGUGGAUCCUUUCUUUACUAUGCCGACCGGUUCAAGCUGUACAGUGCCUUCUGUGCCAGCCACACAAAAGUCCCCAAAGUACUGGUGAAAGCCAAGACAGACACUGCUUUCAAGGCAUUUCUGGAUGCUCAGAAUCCCCGAAGACAGCACUCCUCCACGCUGGAGUCUUACCUCAUCAAACCCAUCCAGCGGAUACUGAAAUACCCUCUUCUGCUGAAGGAGCUCUUUGCUCUGACUGACGUGGACAGUGAAGAACAUUAUCACCUUGAUGUGGCCAUAAAAACAAUGAACAAAGUUGCCAGCCACAUUAAUGAAAUGCAGAAAAUCCAUGAAGAAUAUGGGGCAGUGUUUGACCAACUCAUAGCAGAACAAACAGGGGAGAAAAAAGAGGUUGCAGACCUUUCGAUGGGAGACUUGCUCUUGCAUAAUACAGUGAUAUGGCUGAAUCCUCCUGCUUCACUGGGGAAAUGGAAGAAGGAACCUGAGCUGGCAGCAUUUGUGUUCAAAACUGCUGUGGUCCUUGUAUACAAGGAUGGUUCCAAACAGAAGAAGAAACUUGGAGGAUCACAUAGAGCUUCAAUUUAUGAAGAUUGGGAUCCGUUCCGCUUUCGCCACAUGAUACCUUUAGAAGCACUGCAGGUUCGAGCGUUGGCAAGUGCAG